AUGGAGCAGGCCGACUCCAAGGCGGCGGCCAUCGAUCAGGAGAAGGUGGACAGCGAGGUGGCUGGCUUCCGCGAGCUGGCCAAGGCGCAGCGGCAGGAGGCGAUCGACGGGCUGCUGGGGCUGGAGAAGCAGGGGCGCCUGGCGGAGGACAUUGUGACCACCCGCAAGGCCUGCACCGCCCUGCUCGAGGUGCUGUACGAUGCCCGCGACUGGAAGCAGCUGCAGGAGUAUGUGGUCCUGCUGUCCAAGCGGCGCAGCCAGCUGAAGCAGGCGGUGACGGGCAUGGUGCGGCAGUGCAUGGGCUACAUCGCAGAUGCCCCCGACAAGGCAAGGCGGCAGAGGCUGGGCGAGACCAAAACCGAGCUGAUCAAGACUCUGCAGGCACUCACAGAGGGCAAGAUCUAUGUGGAGAUUGAGCGGGCGCGGCUGACGCGGCAGCUGGCACGCAUGCACGAGGAGGAGGGCAAGGUGCAGGAGGCGGCAGAGAUCCUGCAGGAGGUGGCGGUGGAGACGUUUGGGGCGAUGGCCAAGAGCGAGAAGGUGGCGUACAUUCUGGAGCAAGUGCGGCUGUGCCUGGACCGAAAGGACUUUGUGCGGGCGCAGGCGAGUGAUCUGCGUGGCGCGCUGCCCUCGCUGCGGCACAUUCUGUCCAAGAAGAUCUCGCCCCGCGCCUUCACGGCGCCCGAGGGCGGCAAGAAGGGGGAGCAGACGGGGGAGAUUGGCAUCGAGGGCACCGCCAUCGAGGAGCCAGAGGAGGGCACCCCCAGCCUGGAGGCCCUCAAGCUGCUCUACUACUCCCUCAUGAUCCGCUUCCACCAGCACGAGCGCAACCACCUGGAAGUGUGCCGCUGCUACAGGGCCGUGUACGACACGCCAUCCAUCCAGGAGGACGCCGCCAAGUGGCAGGACAUGCUGAAGAAGAUCUGCUGGUACGUGGUCCUGGCGCCGCGGGACAGCGACCAGAUCACGCUGCUGGCCACCACGGAAGCCGAUCGGAAGCUGGAGGAGCUGCCGCUGUACCGUGACCUCCUCAAAAAGUUCAGCAGCAAGGAGGUGCUGUGGUGGAAGCAUGUGGAGAGCGAGUAUGGGCCUGAGGUGGAGGCGCAGGCAGAGGUGUUUGGAGGGGAGGAGGGCGCGCGGCGGAAGGAGGACUUCAAGCUGCGGGUCAUCGAGCACAACCUGCAGGCCAGUGCUGCGCCUUGUGCUGUGAUUGGCGGCUACUAUGCCCGCAUCACCCUGCAGCGGCUGGCACAGAUGCUGGACCUGACACCGGACGAGGCCGAGAAGCACCUGUCUGACCUGGUGGUGGGCGGCAGCCUGGCUGCUAAGAUCGACCGCCCCGCCGGGAUCAUCCGCUUCAGCAAGCGCGCCGGCGCCUCCGAGGCGCUCAAUGGCUGGAGCGGCAACAUCGGGCGGCUGCUGGUGCUGGUGGAGAAGACGUGCCAGCAGAUACAGAAGGAGUCUAUGGUGCAUCGUGUGCCCAUCGGGGUGCAGGCGUGAGGCGGGACGGCGCCGCUGGCUGGCCGCCGGAGGCGGCGGGCAGGGCCUGGCUGCAGCGACCCGAGCGCCGGCCCGUCCGGCCUCAGAUGCACGCCAGUGCCGGCUGCACCUGUCUGUGUAAGGAACCGCGGCAUG